AUGGCAUUGACUCUUGCCGAUGAUUCUCCCACCCGUCGGCUGGAAAAGAACGAUCCCGCACUGCAGCAUUUGUACCUGUCGUCGGAUACUACCAGUGAUGAAGGCGAACUGGAGGCGCUGAUCGAAGCCCUUGCUGGUGCACAGCAUCUUUGUCAUGUCUACUUUCGCAACUUUAAAGUCUUCCAUGGCAAUUGUCCGAUGAAGCGACUGCUGGCCGCCAUGACAACUGUCCCCCAGUUGGAGAGUUUGGCGUUUCAUUGUACCGAAGUUCCACUGGACUGCUUGACGUUGCUGCUACAAGAGGCGCCGGUGUUAACCGCAUUGGGACUUCGGUAUUGUAAACUACGGUACCAACGUCAACAGGUGGAAUUCCAAGCUUUCGAGCAAGCGCUGCGGCAAAACACGUCACUCACGGAUGUUUGUAUCGAAUGUUGCGACUGGCAAGCGGAAGAACACAACAGUAACAACAGCAACAACAAUCAUCAUCAAACCAGUUCCUUCUUGGAAGCAAUAUCCUAUAUUCCUUCCUUACGACAUGUCGAAUGUGUCUUGCCCAAGAACAAAUCCACCAAUCAGCAGAAUGCCCAUCAACUUGCCAGAAGAGGACGAAACCGCUUGCCUCCAUCGACACUGGAACGAAUGGGUCAAAUGCCACAAUUAUCGAGUCUGAGACUGCGCAAUAUUUGGUUUCCACAAGAAGAUGUUGCACUCUUGUGUCAGUCUUUCCAAUCUCCGUCUCCAAAUCGGCUGCAAAAACUCAUCUUGUCGUGUGAUUUGGGACGAACAUCCGCCACGGCACUUGCCACUGUCUUGUUGCACGCCAAUCUCACGCAAUUAUCACUCCGCAUCGAUGCCCUCGACGACCCGGAUGCGCCUGUAAUCUUGGCACACGCCUUGGCACAAACCAGUACAAGUCUCCAACACUUUCAUUUGUCGGGAGCGGCGGCUUCCCAAUUGUCGACCAAAUCCAAAACGGCCUUGUGCGACAUGAUGGCCACCAACACGGCCCUCGAAUUUGUACGACUCGAAGUCGCCGAUUAUCAUUUGCAAGCCCAAAUUGCCUUUUAUUUACAACUCAAUCAUUGGGGGCGACGAGAACUCUUUCAAGGAUUGCGACAAUGCUCGAAUGGUAGUAGUGAUAGUGAGGAAUUGUGGUUUCGAGCCCUCUAUCAAAAUGCCACGCAUCUACGUGCUAUACAUCACUUUGUCGCACUGAAUCCGGGAUUGUUUGCACGGGCAGCACUGCAGGUAGAAGAGCAACGGCAACAGCAACAACAGUGCUGUAAGUUGCAACACUUCGACAGUUUUGAUCAAGGGAUCGAGUACGAUUCCGAUGGGUGGUAG